CGACGCCUCACCAAUCCGGGCUUGGCGCCAAGACCGUUCGUCCCGUCCAGGGGCGGGCAGGCAGCUGCGCCGCUCUUCAACCACGGAUGGCGAUGCGGAGCAGUUGCGAUGCGCAGCCAAAUAUUCUCAUUCCUUGAUUAGGUAUGUGCGCUUGACUGAAGGACUCCUCCUGCCAUCGCGAUUACAACGUCUGGCCGAAUUGGCCUCCUCCAGCUCGACCAACACAGACGGCUGCCCUCUACAACACCACGUCAUCGCACGCGAGGAUAAUCUGCCGAGGACCACGCCAUGGACUACAGCGCAUCGAUGCACGACCCGGAACACCCUGUUGAGGCCUCGCCUUGGGGCAAUUCGCCAACUUCCUCGCCCCGGCUCAACAACCGCACCACAUUCGGCUCUCUCGGGGGCGAGACCCCGAGCUCCCCAUUCCGCAACGGCCUCGAUGACGGCGGCUUUGGCGCCAGCGAUACCGAGUACCGGCGACCCGAUACCGCAAGCACCGUCUCACAUACCACCGAUGCCCCGCCAGAAGAGCCGGCCCCGGCCGAAUCCCACCCUGCACAACAAGGUUACGCCGGCGAGCAAGGGCCAACAUCGCCGCAGCCCCAACAGCAGCAGCCGGAGCAGCAGCAAGUUCAACAGCCUGCGCCUGGCCAAGCACCGGGACCACAGCAACAGCAACAGCAACACCACCACCAUCAGCAGCAGCGUAAGCCGCCACCGCCGCAGUUCAAGCUGCAGGCUAAGAUUACUGGGCUGGAGCGCACGGGACGGAAGGAUCCCAUCUUGAGAUUCGAUGUACAUACCAACCUUCCCGCCUUUAGGACUACGCAGUACCGCGACGUGCGCCGUCUCCAUUCCGAGUUCAUCAAGCUUGCCGAGCACCUGAUCUCGGCCAACCCCGAAGCCAUCGUGCCAUCCGUGCCGCCGGCUCUGACUUCUGCCGGUGCCGGCACCGAGGAGGACGAGGUGCGGGUCAAGGCGCUCAUGCAGCGAUGGUUCAACUACGUGUGCAGCAACGAGGUGCUGAUGCGGGACGAUGAGAUGGUGCUCUUCGUCGAGAGCGAUUUCGGCUACAGCCCCAUGGUCAAGAAAAAGCAGCCCGCAACAGGCGUGCGCCGCAAGAUCCUCAAGCAGUUCGCCCCGCCCCCGGAUGACACGCCCGAGCUGCAGGACGCCCGGCCCAUCGUCAAGCUGUUUUACCUGGGCUCCAUGGACGCCGGCCACAAGGUGGACAAACUCGUCAAGUCACGGAGAGGCUUAGGCCUCGCGGAAUCCGAAUUCGGCGUCAAGCUUGGCGCAAUGAACGUGCAAGAACCGCACCCCGGCCUGGCCAACGCCUACCGCAAGCUCGGCAAGAUCAUCCAGACAGUGGGCGACUACCACGCGGCGCAGGCCACGGCUGAAGCCACCACGAUCGGCGAUCCGUUCCAGUACCACUCGCAGGACGCCUUCAUCGUCAAGGAGACCCUGACGAACCGGCAGAUCCUGAUCCGCGAGUUCCUCCAGGCCCAGGAGAACACGCGCAGCAAGCUCAACGCCGCCGACCGGCUCAAGGCCUCGUCCAACGUGCGCCGCGAGAAGGUCGACGAGGCCAUCGCCGCGCUCGACGAGGCCCGCCAGGCCGAGUCGGCGCUCUACCAGAAGACGACGCGCGUCACGCAGAACCUGGUCCACGAGCGCCGCCGCUGGUUCGCCCGCACCGCCGCCGACCUGCGCCUCAGCAUCCGCGAGUAUGUCUUGCGCGAGAUUGAGGCCGAGCGCCGCACCCUGGCCCUGCUGGAGUCCGUCCGCCCGGACAUACGCUCCAUCGACGGCAGUGGCGGCCUGAGCCGCCUCGGCAGGGAGAGCCACCCGACCGUGCGCCGAUCCAGUCUCGCGGCGAGCCAGGGGCCCAAGGGCGAUGCGUGGAGCGGCGUGCCGCGACGAUCCGCCGAUGCCAUGAGCCGCAGCGUGUCCGGGAGUCUGGUGGGGAGCUCGGUGGCCGAGGGCGAAGAAGGGCUCGAAGGGGAGGGCAGCGAGCAGGGAGCCAGGGGGAGGGCGCUGAGCGGCGCCCGCGGGGGGAUGCCGGGUUUGGCAGAGGAGGACGAUGAGGAUCGCGUUGACGCGAGGAAUGCGGCGAGUCGGUUGGCUACGAGCACGUUCUGACCGGAUUGAUUGCCAUUCUACGGUAUGUGUGAUAGGGUAGGCGAGGCA